AAAUUCAGCAAAGGCGCGCAAAAGAAAAAUCAUAGCGCGUGUGUGCUGACGAAGUGACCGAAGAUUGCUUGCUGGAAACAAUGAGUUUUUACUUUGUUUUCCGUCAUAGGCACAUACCUAUGGCGCCGACUACCUCAACACAAAAGAUACAACUUGCCAUCUUUAAUUAUACGGGUAUGGCUCCGUCGCAGUACUACUUCACCCAGAGGGGACGUGCUGUUUCACUGUCCGAUCUUAGCAGCGUUUGUCUGGAUGUUCCCAUUUACAUCGUUAAGCGUACGAGCGCUCCCACAGAUAGGAGCGGUUUGGCCAAGACGACGGUUAAGGAAACAUGCUGUAAAUGCGCCAACCAGGAUCUAAGCGGACGACAGCGGCGUACCACCAACGAGUAACAAGAUCAGGAUGCUAGCAUGUCUCAACGGAAACUGUCCGACACCGCUGCAAGAGAAGCAAGUGCAGAAGAAUGCGCCCAACACGUGGAUGAAUCCGGAAAUCCUAAGCUUCUGUAGAAACUAGUUUGCGAAGUGUUGAGAUAAAGCUUAUGUUCAGAGAGCUAAGGAGUAGCAACGUUUAAUCGACGAAGUGACAGUUAAUUUUCAUGAAUUUUCUCCUUUUUCUUCUCUCGUUUGUCACAAUCAAUACAUUCAAU